CAACGUGAUUUUUAUGUGCAGCCGCCUGGGGAGGCUGCUGCUCACAAUGCUUUGAAGCAGAAACUCGACGCUCACGCAGACGAUUUAAAGCAUAAACCCAAAGUAAAUGGGUUUAUCACUAUACCAGACGUUUCUUUCGCGAAUUCCGUUCACAUCUCCAGUCUGUUUUGGAUGGAUAAUAUCGUCCACGUCUCACCGAGAAGCCUUACGACGCCCCGUCAGCAGCGGUAGCCAUAGCUUGAUCGCUGACGCUGGAGAACAGCGUGAUCUGACUCUGCAAUGGCAGUCUUUAGUCACCAGGUGCUCCUGGCAGUCACCAGAUCAAGAGGGUCGUAUUUGUUGUCCAAGAGGCACAGCUGCUCCUCUCUGUCCUCCAGAGCGUACCUGCGCGCAGACGCCCCCCGCCACGCCUCGUCUUCGUUUCCUCCCAGACACUCCCGCUACGGCCACCAUCACUGCGCCCGCGGCGAUGGCUCCGUCCUGCUCGCCCGGGCACUGCACAGCUCUGCCGUUUGGCUCCAGGAUGUGAAGCAGGACGACACCAAAGCGUCUCCAGCGGCUCCUCAGGACGGGGAGAAAAACGACUCUGCUGCUGCUGCCGUGGUAACGGACUCUCAGCGGCCGUCGGCUCCAACGGCCGCUGCAGCAGCUGCAGCAGCUGUUCCUCCAGCCCAGGAGAAGGCGAUGGUGAAAAAGUCUCUGUAUCAGAGGAUUGUUGACGAGUUGAAGCAUUACUACAACGGCUUCAGGUUACUGGGAAUUGACACAAAGAUUGCUGGGCGGACGGUGUGGAGUCUGCUGCACGGACAGGUGCUGACGCGCAGGGAGAGGCGGAGGCUGAUGAGGACCUGCGCCGACCUCUUCCGCCUCCUUCCCUUCAUGCUGUUCAUCAUCGUUCCUUUUAUGGAGUUCCUGCUUCCUGUCUUCCUCAAGCUGUUUCCAGAGAUGCUGCCAUCGACGUUUGAGACAGAGUCUAAAAAGGAGGAGAAGCAGAAAAAGGGUUUGGCUGCAAAGCUGGAGCUGGCCAAGUUCCUCCAGGAAACCAUCGCUGAAAUGGCCCGAAGGAACAAAGCUAAAGCCCAGAUCGAGGAUGAGACCCAGAGAUUCUCCAGAUACGUUCAAAAGGUUCGGGGAACGGGCGAGCAGCCGUCCACCAAGGAGAUCGUCCGCUUCUCAAAGCUGUUUGAAGACGAGCUGACCCUGGAGCACCUGGAGCGCCCCCAGCUGGUGGCUCUGUGCAAACUGCUGGAGCUGCAGCCCAUCGGCACCAACAACCUGCUGCGCUUCCAGCUGAUGAUGAAACUGAGAGCCAUCAAGUCAGACGACGAGAUGAUCUCGGCGGAGGGCGUGGCGGUCAUGAGCGUGUCGGAGCUGCAGGCGGCGUGUCGCAGUCGUGGGAUGCGUUCGCUGGGUCUGACCAGCGAUCAGCUCCGCCAGCAGCUGCAGCAGUGGCUCGACCUCCACCUGAAGGAGAACGUUCCUCCGUCGCUGCUGCUGCUCUCCAGAGCCAUGUACCUGACCGACCUCCAGCCAAAGCCGCCCGUCAUCCCGCCAGUUCCCAAGCUUGAGAAAGCUGCUUCUUCUCAUGCAGAAAACCCGGCCGCUACUGAGUCAGAGCGACUGGCAGACCCGGCCGUCAUCAUCAAAGACAGACCGGUGGAGGAGCUGCGGGACAAAGCCCCCGUGGUUCUGGACAAACCGUUAACUCCUGCUGAAGUUCUUCAGGCUAAAGCAGCGACAGAAGUGUCCCAGAAGAGCAAGAUGAGCGCCAACGGCGUGUGAAGACGAGCAGUUGUGAUGAAGCUGGAGGACUCGACAGUCUGGACCCUGAUCCGGGGCAGUCUGGACCCUGAUCCGGGGCAGUCUGGACCCUGAUCCGGGGCAGUCUGGACCCUGAUCCGGGGCAGUCUGGACCCUCAUCCGGGACAAUCUGGACCCUGAUUGUUGCUUCGCCGCUGUGUUUGCCCUUUUGACCCCUGCUAACGCCGCCGUUGACCUCAUAUCUGGGCGAGCCGUUCAGACCCGUCUCUGUCGUUCUUUAGCUCUGAAAUCCCAUUUUCGUUCCUCCUCUGUGUAAAUUUGUAAAUAUUGUGUAUAUUUUCCUCCUGCACCACAGAAGCAGCAGCUCUGUACAGUUUGCUAUGCAAAGCCCAGCACUUUGUCUCCUAUCAGGUCGGUUUUAUUUGCUGAUGGUUUUAAAAUCUCCCCAGAGAAACUUUGUUGAACCCACAUUCAGUUUUCUGUUCUUAUCGUCCAAAAUGAAGAUCAUAUUAAUUAUUAAAUUACACCCAGAAUGUCAGGAAUCGGAUGUUUCUGCAUUGGGGGGAAACAUAGUUUAUGUGUGAAUCAGCAAAUGAAGACUUGGAGUUUCACUCCUGAAUAUUUGACUGUUUGGUUUCAGUCUUUAUUCGUAAACCACUGAAAGGACAAUCUGUACAAACACGUGCAGAUAAAUAUAAAUAUAUUUUUUGCAUAUUUGUUGUAUGUUUUGUGUU